AUGACCGAUGCAUUCUCCAUCAUCCGCGACCCCGACGCUGCAGCCGCCGCGCGGGGCGAUCUGAUGAGCAUGCUCGAGCGGAACCGGGAGCGCGAGGCACGUCUCGACGCGUUCGCCGCCUCGUUGCCCAAACUCACCGAGCGCGAUCUCGCAGCGCUCGGUCAGUCCGACGGGAAUUGCCCAAUCUGCCUGACCUCGCUCCUCGCGCUCCUAUCCGAGGAGGAGAUGGCGCUCGCUAUGGAUUCACCUGCGCACCCCGUCGAGGAGCUGGGCGUAACAAAGCUUCCGCCACCAUGCGGACAUGUAUUCUGCCGCAAAGAUAUCCGCGGCUGGCUCUAUCAGGGGAAUACGACCUGUCCGACCUGCCGCCGCCCCUUCAUCGCCCCGGGAAGCGAUGAGGACACGAGCGUCUCUCGGGAGGCAGCGCUGCUGGACGACCUCCUCAGCGGCGCGCUCGCACGGCCCAUCCAGUUCGACGACCACUUCCCUUUCGACAUCUUUCCGGGUAUGCAGGGGCGGCCGCGGGAUCCAUCACAACAAGCGGCGGACGACGCAUCGCACGGACCCGACGAACCGCGCGAGGCGCACUUCGAUUACGACGACGACAGGAGCGCGUACUCCGGGAUGUACUCUUAA